GGGGCGGAAUGGGCCUUCCCGUUUUGCUGUCAAUCACGUGGAGCUAUUGUGGCUUAUUGGUCAUAGCGCCAAGCGCCCAAAAACUCAUGACGCUCGUAACCCAGCCUCCUCAAAAAUGGAUAUCAUGGUUCUUCAUAUGCACGAGGUGAAUCAUUGGGUCAUAAUGUUGGACUCGAGGCUCACUGCCACGUCUUUGCUCAGAUAGCUCUAGAGAAUAACUUUCCUAUAGUCGUUCGUUAUAUUGCUAACAAUUCCUUCCUUUAAAUUGACAUUUUUUAACAGGACUCGAUCAUAUUCAAUACUCACCAACAAUGUAUCAUCACACCCCCGAAUCACUAUUACCUCGGACAGACUCGAAAAACCCCAAUUCAACAUGUCGAGGCCUAUCAUCAAAUGGAAAGCCAUGUCGAAGAGGUCUGACCAAAUCACCACGGAAUUCACCGAGUCCGAGUCCUUCAAGAGGAGCGCUGAGUCCAGAUGCAUUUUGUUGGCAACAUAAAGAUCAAGCGGGACAAAGUGCCCCGCCUACUCAACCUCGACCAAACCCGCUGCGUGAGAGAUCAAGUGUAGACACAUUGGUGGAGAGAUUAGGUCUUCUCGAGGUCGAUCAAAAGAAAAAUAAGGGAAAACAACGCCAGACUUCAGAAGAUAAUCGUGGCAGACGACCUGGGACGAGGAAUGAGCAGCAACGCCUUGAAGCCCAACGGCUGCAACAGGAACAAGAAUGGCAGCAGGCACAGGCACAUCAAUUACAAGAACCAGGGAGACAAGACCAUCAUGAAGUUCCAAAUUCUACAAAUGAUGGCCAGGGACGACGCAAAAGAAGCACUCUAGAAUUAUUAUGUUGCGGCGCAGAGGACGAGGAAAUGGCACCUAGACCUUUGCAAAAACCACACGAAGGACGUUCUUCCUCUCAUGUUCCAAGUUCUCGAAUGUCAGAUCAUCUUGAUGUGCCAUCCCAUACAAAUCGACCAGCUUCAAGACCUCGACCUUCUUCGAGACCGCACACAUCAUCAUCCAGACCUUCAACUUCCAAGCCACCUGAAAUGCUUCAGCGUCCUACUAUGGAUCGUGAUCCAUCCUCGAGAACGGGGGAGUUUCUAGCUUAUAUUCCUUCAUCAGCAAGCCCUCAGACAACAGCUGCAUUAUUAGCGGAAUUGGCCAAACCAAUCUCUGAUGCUGAUCUUCCUGGAUUUAUUUACAUGUUCUGGUUGACCGAUGAAGCGUUACCUACGGGACCUUCCGACGAAGCAGCUGGAUCUCUUCUGACACCAACAACCAGAGCUGGACCUGGCCAUCGACGAACUUCUGAUGUUCUUGAAUCCUUUACUUCUGCUCCACCGAACAAGAAGGAAAAAACAAUGCUUCUCAAAAUUGGAAGAGCCGAAAACGUUUUCGCUAGGAUGCAACAGUGGAAGAAGCAAUGUGGUUAUAAUCUUUCGUUGAUUCGAUACUAUCCUUAUCACGAUUCGUCUAGCGAAAAUGAAGGACCUCAAAAGGUGCCAAAUGUGCACAAGGUCGAAAGAUUGAUUCACAUUGAAUUAAUGGCUAGGAGAGUAAAUUGCGGAAAAUGCAAAGCAUGCGGGAAAGAACAUAGAGAAUGGUUUGAAAUUGAUGCCAAUAGGGAUGGGGUUACUAUGGUAGAUGAGGUUAUUAAACGAUGGGUAGAUUGGGCUGAGAGGGACGAGGCGUCGAGACAUUAGAUAUAGAGCUUAACAUGCCUAGGUAGCGCAGUGUCAUCAUAAUUAAUCACGGUCUAUUAUAUGCUUCACUGUAUUUGUCGAAUGCUCAUUCGAUGCUUUUAAUAUAUGCGCGCACUCCGUA